AUCGUUGCCACCGCAUUAGGGAGCUGAGACAGCAACCAACACGCAGCGGUAAUACAGUAACCCAGCACACACAUCCAACAUGGCGUCCUCAUCGUCGUCCUCGCCCCUACUCUACGCCUGCAUCGCCCACAAGACAACGGUGCUCGCCGAGCACACAGCCUCAGCCUCAUCCAACGCCUCGUCGCUCGUCUCGCUCGUGCUCCCGCGCAUCACGCACGACAAAUCGGCGCACAAAACCAUCGACCAAUCCAAAUUCUUCAUCCACUGCCUGGUGAAAUCCAGCGCCGACUUCGCCGGCACGCACGCUUCCGCGGGGGGACUCACGUUCCUGGUGAUAGCGGAGCACGAGCUGGGCCAGCGCAUUCCGUUUGGCUUUCUAACGAACCUGGAGAAGAAGUUUUUCGCAGAGUUCGAGCCUGCGGCGACGGAUUUCGCGGGCUUGCCGCCGUAUGGAUGUGCGAGUUUCAAUGGCGCGCUGAAGCGCCUGAUGGUGGAGCAGGGAGGUACGCAGGCCGGCCAGCAGGAUGCGCUGCGGACGGCUCAGCGCGAGAUUGAGGGUGUGCGUGAGAUCAUGACGGAGAAUAUCGAGAGGGUGCUUGAGCGCGGCGAGCACAUGAGUGUGCUGGUGGAUAAGACGGGCAGGUUGGGCGAGAAUGCGCGCGAUUUUCGCGUCAGGAGUCGCACCCUCAAGCGCAGGAUGUGGUGGAAGAAUGUCAAGCUCAUGGUGCUGCUGACAUUUGUCGUCAUCUUCUUGCUGUACUUGUUCGUCGGCUUUGGCUGCGGAUUGCCCGGAUGGAGCCGAUGUCUCGGCCAUAACUAAAAUGUCCCCACGACAUGGUAAACGAACCAUGGACUCUUCUAAAACACCAAAUCACCCACUCAUGUCUGCAACGGAAAAUAAAGUCUUCGUUUGCGGAAGGGAAAGCAGGCGUUUACGCCCACGUCGACACGCUUCCAGGCGUGUAUGCAGUAUUCUUCAUUAAAGUCGUUAAGGGUUGGCAAGGCGUCUGGUGUCCUUUUUCUUUUUUGCUUCUUCGUCUCCCUUGCCAUCAUUCCAUCCCAUAUCGAAAUCCAGCCAUUCUACCAAUCUACCCUUUCCCGGUUGAUAACAAAAAAAUAAAAUAACGCCGC